AUGAACUUCCGGUGGAUCAUCCUCUUCGCAUUCUUCCGGACAGUACGUUCAAGCGAUGACGUCGUUAUCGAUCUGCUCACAAACUCGACAUUUGUGGAAGAAACGGUGAGCAAAACUUGCAAAACUUUCCUCUUUUCUUACCUCAACACAUCCUGGAAUAUAAAUCUAUGUCGGCUAAUGAGCUACAUAAAUCAGCAGAGUUUAUCUAAGCGGGCGGACCUUUCUAUCCGUUGAGUCAUCGCUCAUUCACUUUGUCACAAAUGAAAACAGAUUCAUUCUCUGCUGAUGGUGAUAGGGAGAGAAUAUUGCGGAAGGCGACAAAAACGGAAAUGGAAGACGUGUGUAGGCGAUGAAACGCUUGGAAUGAACAUAAAUCUCGUAUCAUGCCGGUUCCAAGUGUUAAUAAAUUAUGACUAAACGCGGCUUUUUUGGCAAUCGUUUCCGUAAUUUGAUUGAUGGCACCACUAGUGAAAUAUCGCAAAAUAAUUGACGAUAACCGCGGACCGAACAAAAAGUAAAAGUUACAGUGAUUUAGUAUCGGUUCGUCGAAAAUGGGUGCGAGAAGCGAAUCAGCGAUCAUCGCUGACAGUUUUGAAUGAAUCAUUUCGCCGACAAUAUACUUGUUUUCAGGAAGAAGUAACAUGCGACUGCAGUGAUGAUGACAUGAUUGAAAAGGCGAAUUAUACUCUGACUGUGGAAGUGAAGAACAUGCAGAUCCGACUCGUCGAGCCAUUUCGGGAUGCGAUCGCUUUCACUACCAGUAACAUAUCUCUGGAAAAUCGGAUAAUUGUGUGCUAUAUUCAGGUGAAAAGCAACACAUUCUGGAUUUUAUCAAGUACGUGACACUGAGGGAUAUCAAGGCAACCUACCCUCUUCUUCUUAAUUACACCGAAUUCCAUGUGUCGUUUGAUGAACUCAUGGGAACUGUUACGAACAUUUUCCUCACUGAAAACGUAAAUCAGUUCUCAGUAAACUAACCUCACAAACUAGACUUUGCAGGAAAUCUCGCUUUCUGGAAUCAGAUAUGAAGUGACCACCGCCAUCCACAAAUUCCUCACCAGACUUCUUCCCGACAUGUUCCUUUGUUUGUCAGUUGGAAAGUGCCGUCAAGUUCCCCUGGAGUACCAUAACUGCAUGAUUUCAAGCACGAAGCACUGGUCCGUCUAUCUUGGAAGCACUCCAAACAAAAUGGCGACAACGUGAGACUUUUUAAAUUGUUUUGGUGUUUUCCUAAUCAGUCCGUUUUAGUGUUGCGGAAACCAUCUAUCGGUACCGCAAAGUAGAAUUCUUACUGGUUGACAUGCACAAACAGUUGAUGAACGCUCAUAACUUGACAAUCUCUGAGGAGUGUCUCGAUGAAUACGUGCAUACUUUGCCCUGUAAUUGUACCACAAUUGGCAUUGGUUGGUGCAAGUGAGUGAUUUUCCAACUAUUUUUGUCCGUCUACUUAUUAUUUUCCAGGACGUCUUGCCCGGAAUCUAUGGAAAAAUGUUUUGGAAAGUUCUCCCGAGAGUGGUCCGCCAAGUUGCAUCUGAUGAGGAACAUGACGAACACUAAGAAAACGUUCCUCGAGAACUUCCUAACUGUACAUCACAUCAAAUACAAAAUCCCUUUCGAAAUCAUCCCUUUUCCCGUUUUCAGCUCAAAAAGACAAUCUUUUCGGUGAUCCGCGUGUUUCUCGAGCGCAAAGCGUUUGUGUACGCGGAGCACGUGUUCAACUCGUGUGGAGCUCUCGGAGAGAUGAUAAUCCAUCCGUCGAAGCACAUUGUACACCUCCGUUCGCCUGGACCGUUCGCCGGCCGAGCAGAUGGAGCCGUGAGAGAGGUUCGUUUCUGGCGGCGGCGUUUUCUUUGUGCUCGCUCUGAUUGCACAACUAAUAAUCAACAUUCUCAUCCUUUACAGCUUCAAUUGUCGGCCAAGUUGUGGGAGAAAAUGGGGCGGAAAAUAUGUGAGCACACUGGAGUCGUCUAUCAUCCCACGCUUUGUUUCGAUGGGACCAAAGUCAUUUCGUAAGUUUCAGCUAUUACAAAAAGGGAUUGAAAGGGAGAGGAGCGAGUGCAAAAGAUAGUAAAAAUUAUGUAAUACAAAACUGAAGAUAUUACUGAAAAUUGAAAUUUCUUAGAAGUCCCGUAUUUCAACUUCAGUUCAUAUAACAGUAAAGAAGUAAAUACCGCUAAUUCUAUCUAAUAAUCCCUUAUUUGAUUGAAUAAGCAGCUGUAUUGAUGAAACAUGUCAUGUAGGCAGUGGUCCAUAUUUAUUUGCACUGCAACCCUUUCACCGCUGAAUUACUAAAAUCCUUUGUACUUUUAAGUAGAAAAAGUAGCAGAAACCACUUUUUUUGGCGAAAAAUCAGCCACAAAUUUUCCACCUGUCUGCAUGUUCCUCUUCUCAAAUAUAGAUCCAAGUUCCCAUAGUACAAAUAUAUGCAUAAAUCUCAAGAUAUGAAUCAGGUGGUUUAUGGCGGAUUGUACCAAGGUUGAUGGCAGGUCAUCUGAGUACUUGAACGAGUUUCUUAUUGCCUGGUCGAAAGUGGACAUUGCAUGUCGUUCUAGAGCCCCUCUUCCUCUUCCUCUUUCGUAAUUAACUAUUUCAUUACGCAGCUCACGUUGUUCAUUGUCAUAAAAUGAAAAAGGAAGAGAAAAGAUAAUUGGGAUGUGCUCUCGGAGCAACGAAAUAGCUCACUAGAACGAGGAAAAAGGAGUUCUAUAGUGAAUGCCUAGUCGGUUUCGAAACUCGAGUGCACUCUUUUGCUGUCAAUGAACUGACAUUCAAAAUUACAUUCAUGCGGAGUCAGUGAUAUGGUCAGUUUUGUUUGAAACGCACUGAAUUUGCAUCUGUGGCGCCAUCAUCGUUGGGAAAUAAUGUGUGAAGCACGUGAGACGCAGACGCUGGCUCUUGCCGGUCGGCAGAAUUGAGGGAGGGGGGCGGGGCGGACGGGAAAAGACCGACGACGGCGGUCGGGUAUGUUCAGCCAGUCGGUCGGAAACGAAAAGGGCCUUAACCAUGCACUCGCUACUGAUCCUAGUCACUUCCUGUAUAUUUCUCCAAGGAGUGAGCACCAUCAAUGAUUUUAGAGUCCAACAUGAGCUGCCGCCAAUUACUAAGGACGUACGGCCGAGGCCAAUGGUGAGUUAUUUUUUUUACAAAUUUUUUAACAUUAAACCUAGAAAAUGUGCCUGCGACAAUUAGUUAAAAAUCAACUCUAGAAAAGCAAAAAAAUGCAGAUUAUUCUGAUACUUUAAGGAAUUUCUGUCGUUUUUUACAGCCCGCUGAGUGCUUUUCUCAAUUAUCAGAUUGUUUCUCGUGUCAAAAAUAGAAGCAAAUUGUUUUUGAAAUGCUUUUCUCUUCCCAAGAUGCGUUAACAAUUUAUCCGUUUUCGAGAAAAACCAAGACACAUGAAAUUUCUGUUCAUCUUUCCUCCAAACAGCCCACCUGUCACUCAGUUCUUUCGCUCUUCUUUCCUUCUAGGAACAGCCAAUCACAAACGACUUUAAUUAGCCAUUAUUGAUUGUUUGUUUUACACCUUCUGCUCUAUGUAAAUCCAAUAGCACUGCAAUGCGGUCUGUACUAUACUCGUGAACCUUUUACCCGUAUUUGCUCAUAUCGACUCUUCGCGGAAGGGCAAGAAAGAGGUGAAGCGAGCCAGCAAGCAUAAGGCAGAUCCUAUUUGUAAAACAACGCAAAAAUGAUAAAUGUACGUGUGUUUUUCGCGCGGUCCUGUGGGGAUCAUAUCGCUUUCCCAAAGACAAAUCACCUCCUCCACCACUUUUCGAAGAUCGUUUUGUUCGUUCACCUUGAGGAAGCGACAACACAGCCCAUCUUUCGAACAUGCUAAUGGGGUGCGUAAGAAAAAAAACACGAAAUUAGAAUAUGGCAUUCGUCGCCUGGGAUAGGUUGUGAUUGUGACUCGCCAACCGAGACAUUUUUCUUUUUUCCAUUCAACAUUUGACGCAUGCGAGCGACACAAAAGAGUGUCUGAUUGACUCAACGAACAGAGCUGAGAGCUCACAACUUUUUUUGGCAUGUCCGUGACAACUAGUACUCGAGAAGCUCUAUAAAAAUGUCCAAGUUGUCAACGCAUUUUUACGAUUUCGGUCGGUGUCGUCCUUUCGUUUCGCGCAGACCACAGAGAAAACAAACUGGUCACCGAAAUCCCCAAGAGUAUCGUUUGCUACUGCACUUCCACCACACAAACUCUUUUAUGUACUCGAGAAGUUCGAUAAAUUAUGUGGAGGAGGCCACAAAGGCGACGUGUCACAAGUUGGAGAAUAAUCUGGGAAUAUUUGGUGGGAGAAGGACCGGAAAUGGGGCCUCGAUUCACAGGAAAAUGCAAAAAGUGCGUUUUGCCCUUGAAUGACUAACGAGCCCUAUUCCGGCGCUCACAAUCCGGGCAUGAUUAAAUUAUUUGGUUUGGAAAACUGGUUCGGUCCAUCUCUUUCUUUACUCUGAAUUCUGAAUUGCAAAAAAUCUGAAAUCAUGAAUUCCCAUGCUGAUUUCGAAUGGGCACUUUCCCAGCAACUAGUCCGCCAAAACCGACGUGUUCUUUGUUUCGGAUCGCCUAUUUCGAUUAUAAAUUGGUCGCUCGUCCUCGUGCGUACGCCUUAGCAUUCGGUUUUUUGACCGACUUCAGGGAACCAUUUGAUGCCUUUGAACGUUUGCCGCUUCCCGUCAAAAAGACAAAAAAGUUCGAGCAUGAGCAAUCCGAGGGCACAAAUAAUUGCUGUGCUGGCUGUGCGCGGCGGCCAUUUAGAGCGGGAAAGGCGCGCGAAACAAGCGAAGGAAGAAAAAUGACUGGCCGUGCGCGAAUGUAUAGUUGUUUAUAAUUUAUGAACGUCGUGGUCCGGAAAUGUGCUUCUUCAUUUCCAUAAACUGGUCAUUGAACAGAUCAAACGCAUUUUAGAUGUCCUCCUAUUUCCAACAAUCAUUGCCUUUUCUUUUCUUCUCUGCAAAACCCAUACGGAGCUCUUUGAAUGAUUUGAGGCAAUUAUUGCUCGCUUCCAGCUAAGAACCAAUUGAGGAAAUGUAUGUUGGCAAUGCAAACAUUGAGUCAGUGGAGAGAGUCACAAACGGGCCUUUCCUUGGGUUUUUGAGUCCCUUCAAAGAGCGCCCUCCCAUCCAUCAUUAGACGAAGGGAUCACUUGGCACACUUAAGCUCCCUUUCGAGUGAAGGUGGCAACUAAAAGCUAGUGAUAUUAUGUUGAAGCAAGUAAACAAACACAUUUUUCUAGAUUGGGAAGGGCUAGUCACAAACUCUGUACAGGUACUAAUUAGUCUCCAGCUGUCGAAUUUCGCGCCCAGAUAACAUCAAAUACCCUGCAUUUUUUCGUUGAGUUUGUGGGUGCGCGACGGAAAGAAGAAGACAACUUUUUAAUGAGGUCACAAAGUGAUAUAUUUCCUGAAUUCAUUGAGUGGCGAAUUGAAUUAAUGGCUUCGUUUAUUGCAGAUGGAUUGGAUCGAGAAGAAGGCAGAAAGGAAACAAAUAAUGGAGGGAUCCGGCAAUCCCUUGUGGGACGACGAGGAUUCGGAGGAUUUCGACGGAUCCGGAUCAGGCCUGCCAUCAAUCAGCGACAGUAAACCUACAAAGGCAAUCAUUCAAGAGCACCCGAAAAAUAUAGGUGAGUUGAAAUAUGCAUUCAAGUCGGUCUUUUCUUUUGUGUGUCAUGGACCCAAAACCAGUGCACUCCUUGGCCCCUCCAUUUUUUCCUCGUCUCCCGACGCUCUCGCUUACACUUAAUCCCGGCAAAUUACCUCGCGCCGUACGCACUUUUUGCGCUCAACUUUUACGAGCCAGCGAGUGGAAGAAAAAGGAGAACAAUUGAGGGCUAGAAUGAGGGAAACGAUAGGAGAACUAUGCAGAAUUUACGAUGAGAAAAUUGUCUUUGUUCAGAUCUGUCAACGAAUCCAAAGGGGCCGUCGGUCAUUGCCAACGAACAAGGAAACACGCCGGAUGGGUCGACGGCAAACAGUGUAAUCACCUGUAUCGUCCUUCUUGUGGCUUUCUGGCUCCGCUGA